AUGUCCAGUCACACUCCAGUUGCCAGUGGCCAGAUCAGGCUGGUGGGUGGCUCUCAUCAGUGUGAAGGUAGAGUGGAGGUGUAUCACUCUUCACAGUGGGGAACUGUGUGUGAUGAUGACUGGGGCAUGGAUGAUGCUGCAGUGGUGUGCAGACAGCUGGGGUGUGGCAGUGCAAUCAGUGCCCCAGGAGGAGCCUCUUAUGGUCAGGGGAGCGGGAAGAUUGUGAUGGAUGAUGUCAGCUGUUCAGUGAAUCUGCCAACUCUCAGUCUGUCACUGGAGUCUGGUGCAUCUCUGAUCUGGGGUCAGUCUGUCCAGAUGAGCUGCUCUAUCUCCACUCAGCACCUGGGAGGGACAUUCACCCUGCAGCAGCGCACUGGCUCAUUCAGAGACACCAAGAGCACCUCGACACGCUCUGCCACCUUCUCCAUUCCUCAGGUGGACUUCAUCCAUGAAGGAGCCUACUACUGCCAGUAUCGAACACAAGUGUCUGGCCGAGACUUCACAUCCCCUUUGAGUAAUACCGUCAGCUUUGCUGUGACAGUGGACCUGCCGACUCCCAGUCUCUCACUGGAGUCUGGUGCAUCUCUGAUCUGGGGUCAGUCUGUCCAGAUGAGCUGCUCCAUCUCCACACAGCACCUGGGUGGGACGUUCACCCUGCAGCAGCGCUCUGGCUCAUUCAGAGACACCAAGAGAUCCUCGACACGCUCUGCCAUCUUCUCCAUUCCUCAGGUGGACUUCAUCCAUGAAGGAGCCUACUACUGCCAGUAUCAAACACGAGUUUCUGGACGAGAUUUCACAUCCCCUCGGAGUAAUACUAUCAGCAUUUCUGUGACAGUGAAUCUGCCGACUCCCAGUCUGUCACUGGAGCCUGGUGCAUCUCUGAUCUGGGGUCAGUCUGUCCAGAUGAGCUGCUCCAUCUCCACUCAGCACCUGGGUGGGACGUUCACCCUGCAGCAGCGCUCUGGCUCAUUCAGAGACACAAAGAGCACCUCGACACGCUCUGCCACCUUCUCCAUUCCUCAGGUGGACUUCAUCCAUGAAGGAGCCUACUACUGCCAGUAUCAAACACGAGUGUCUGGCCGAAACUUCACAUCCCCUUGGAGUAAUACCAUCAACAUUACUGUAUCAGUGAAUCUGCCAACUCCCAGUCUGUCACUGGAGUCUGGUGCAUCUCUGAUCUGGGGUCAGUCUGUCCAGAUGAGCUGCUCCAUCUCCACUCAGCACCUGGGAGGGACAUUCACCCUGCAGCAGCGCUCUGGCUCAUUCAGAGACACCAAGAGCACCUCGACAUCCUCGGCCAUCCUCUCCAUUCCUGAGGUGGACUUCAUCCAUGAAGGAGCCUACUACUGCCAGUACCAAACACGAGUGUCUGUCCGAAACUUCACAUCCCCUUUGAGUAAUACAGUCAACAUCACUGUAGUGGGUGAGAUACUGAAUUUUACCAUGUCUAAGUUUGUGUUCUAG